CUCCUUUCCACCAUAAGAUUCAGCUGAUCAAAUUGAUUUAUAUCUUAAAUAUACUGCUGUACAUUAAAACGCACACAAAGUUCCCAGAUGAUGGCCACUUUGCGUGGCGCAACUCUCAACCUCCUAGAUGUGUCUCUCGAUCCCAUCGGCACUCCUCUCACAUUGUGCCAUUGACGACAUCUUGCCAUCUUAAUGAGCUGAUGCAUGAAUAGCUGAUAUGCGGGCGCAGAUUCAUUCUAAACGCUCGUCCUCUCGAACCUCUGAGCAUGUUUUCUCCCUCCUCGUCGCCACUUGACUGGCAUUCUCAAAGUUGACGGAACGACAGAACUGCCUUCGUAGCCAGACCGAAACGAUUGCGAAAAACGAUGUCUCCUUUCGGCGAAGCAAUUUCAUUGUGGAAGCUGGUCUGUUGCUGCGAUUCUUCCCCCCAGCGAGAUGAGAAUGGAGUCACGUGCGGAGUGUGGAAUGGUGGAGAAUUCCUUCCCGUUUGGGCGUGGACCGAACUGCGCAUAUGGACAAUGCAGGAACAGGAACUGCGAGUCUGUACCUCCCCCGAGAGCGCUGGGUACCAAAGUUGCACGACAUUCUCAAUGGAGACCCCGCCAAAUGGCUCGGAUUGGCCGCUGGCAUCAUCCUUGGAAGACUGCGCCUUUGCACAGGAGCGUGAUGACACGCCCUGGCAUGAAGAAGGGGACGUUUCCCAACUCUGGGAGGCUCCGACACCUGUUUUGUACAUGAACAGUCAAGGGCAGCCCAGAUGGAGUCGGUCAGUGUCAUCGAGCGUCAUCGAGCCUCCUCCGCAGAGUCUCGGGUUCGUGCAGAUGAAAGACUGGAACCGUGAUACGGCCUACGACGAGAUACCUCCCGCCUACAUCCACUACCGAAUCGACUGGAGACUGAUGAUCAAAAAGACGGUGGUAUCGAGAAAUACCAUAGAGGACAUCGUCCUUGAACCAACCUCAUUCGGGCCUCGCAUCCUCCUACCCCAGCUCGAAGAAUUGUUGAAACGGAAGACUUCCCGCUCCCAACCUGUUCGACCAGACGAUACGGAUGUGGUGGCAAAGGUGAUUGGUAGACCCGGAGAUGAUUUUGUGGCACAGUAUGAGGCGAUAAAUAUUGACUGGGCACAAAUUGAGCGACGCCUUCUUAAGUGGAGUGAUUUGUUCCGCAAGGGCAAGAAGCUGACUGUGAACAUUAUAUUUCAUUACCUAGAAGUCAGUCCGGUGGCAGCAAUUAACACUUCCAGGACAAGAGGCAAGCAAGUGAGAGGUACUGCGACCCAGCAAAUGCAGACAGAACUCACUGCUGAAGCUAAUGCUGAACAAGCCACGACUGGCCGGCCAGCGGCUUGGCAGCAUGUAUAUGCUCUUUUUCGCUGUCCAGGUCCGCCUUGCGAUUUGAAACCUUGGUGCUGGUUUGACUCUCAAAAGAACAAGCGAUUUGGAUUGAAAAGCCACCAUCUCCGGACCCUCAUCCGCCAUAAGGAGAGCAACAAGCCUUUAGAGACCCAUGACCAGAUGCCCGAAGAUCUACGAGAACAGAUUUACAAGGAAGAAGAACAGAACGAACGACGCAAACAGACACAGAACGCGAGCUCGUCCUCUGGAAUGCUGCCGAUCCAGAUCACUAACGUCCUACCAAGUCCUGCCUCAAUACAAGCGGAAACAGCACCAAAGACAAAAAUGAGUCCUAUCGAAAUCUCAGGCCUUCGUGAUGAGAGUGUGCAGGACUAUUGUGACUGGCAGCAGACCCAAGUCAGAAAGCCAUCACUAAAGGCGGCUUUUCAAAAGGCUACUGACUUUGUCGUUGACAGAGGCCUUGACCUAGAACUUCUCUAUGAAGAUCAGGAUCCUCAGUCUCUCGCCGAAGAAGCAGAAGUUCCUAUAGGUAUUGCUCGGCGAUACUAUCGAGACAUUAAAACUUACGCCAAACGUCGUAAGCUCCAUCAUCACGCAGACUCCGCGCAUGAUGAUUGUUCUCAUACAGAGCAUGGUUCCAUCCAUUAAGCAUCAAUUACUCUUGGCGUCGUUCUUCAGCAUCUGAGUGUUCAAACAGGAUCUAUAAAGUUUCA